CCGGGUUUUCAGGCAUCAAGGCGGAAGUAACCGGGAGACGGAAGUUACAGGGCCAUCACUGAGCAAGGGGGUGGAGGGUAGCUGGAGGAAGACUCGGGGUGCGAUGGCGGCUCAAAUUCCAAUUGUGGCCACCACUUCCACUCCCGGGAUAAUCCGGAGCAGCAAGAAGAGGCCGGCCAGCCCUUCCCACAACAGCAGCAGCGGAGGGAGCUAUGGCGCCAGUAAGAAGAAAAAAGUGUCCACCCCCAGCUUUGCACAGGGUAUCAGCAUGGAGGCCAUGGGUGAGAAUAAAAUGGUGCCCUCUGAGUUUAGCACAGGACCUGGGGAAAAAGCUGCCAAAUCCCUGCCAUUUAAGGAUCCCAACUUUGUGCACUCUGGCCACGGUGGCGCAGUUGCUGGCAAGAAGAACAGGACCUGGAAGAACCUGAAACAAAUUCUCGCUUCCGAAAGGGCAUUGCCGUGGCAACUGAAUGAUCCUAACUACUUCAGUAUUGAUGCACCUCCUUCCUUUAAACCAGCUAAGAAGUAUUCUGAUGUUUCAGGUCUUCUCGCCAACUACACAGACCCCCAGAGCAAACUGCGGUUCAGCACCAUUGAAGAGUUUUCCUACAUUCGGAGGCUGCCAUCGGACGUUGUCACUGGCUACCUGGCCCUGCGGAAGGCCACGAGCAUCGUUCCCUGAGCCCGAGCCAUGGAGAUGGAGUAGAAAACUCUUUCGGGGCAGACUUUGGGCUGGCGAUUUUGUUUCAUGGAAACAGACUUAAUCUGUUGUCAGUCUGAAAAUGCCAGUGCUGUGCCUUGGAAAGAACGUUUGGCUUUAAUUUAAGGGUUUUUCUUUUCUAUGUUUUUUCCUCCAAGUGUGAUAUUUCCUGUUAAUUUAAAUUAUUCUUCAGUUGUUUGACAAGAAAAUACAAUAAAACUGUACUUUUAAUUUAACCCAA